UGAUCCUUUCCCUUCUCCAGCUCUGUAUCAUUUUCGCCAAUCACCUUUCCAGCUCUUUGUUUCCCCCCACCCCCUCCGGUCUUCUCCUAUCAUUUCGCAUUUCCCCCUCCCCCCACUACUUUCAAAUCUCUUACUAUCUUUCCUUUCGGUUAGUCCUGACGAAGGGUCUCGGCCCGAAACGUCGGCAGUGCUUCUCACUAUAGAUGCUGCCUGGCCUGCUGUGAAAACAUUCUGAAUCAGGAAGUGCUAGGAGUUAAUAUGGGUUCGAAAGGACCGGUCGAGAGUUUGAGCGAGGAGGUGAUUUGUCCCAUCUGUCUGGAUUUCUUCACCGAUCCGGUUACACUGGAGUGCGGACACAACUUCUGUCACUCUUGUAUCACACAGUAUUGGGAAAGGGAGAAGAGAAACUCCUGCCCGGAAUGCAGAGAGGUGUUUGCUGACCGCACCCUCAGGGUGAAUCGGACCUUAGGAAAUCUGACACAAGAAGUUCGGAAUCUAAACCUAAAUCCGAAAGGGAAGGAAAGUAAACGUCACUGCGAGGAACAUGAGGAAGAACUGAAGCUGUUUUGUGAAACGGACAAGACACUGAUCUGUGUGAUCUGUGCAGCUGCGCAGGAACACAGAGAGCAUCGAUUUGUGCUGAUUGAAGAAGCUGUUAAAAACUACAAGGAUCAGUUAAAAUCUUCAUUAGACUCUCUCACAAAAAAGAAAUCAGACUUCCAGGAAAAGGAGCAACAACAGAAAGAGAAGAUUUCCGGAGCUCUUCAAAAGAAUAUAAGGGUUAUUCAGGAGGAAAUCACUAAGCUAAGGGAACAGACAGAUCAAAAAGACAGUGUGAUAUUUCUCAAGGAGGAAGCUCAUCGUAACAAGAGGAUUAAUGACGAUGUCCAGGAAUUGUCAGUGACAGAUGAGGCCCUACCGGUUGAAAAAUUCGAUCACCUCUAUUUGUUGAACACAAUGCUGAGAGAAACACUUGAUGCUAUUAAUCGAGUCUCUGUCACCCUGGAUGUGGAAACGGCGAGUCCGUAUCUCGAGGUGUCUGAGGAUCGGAAGAGUGUGAGACUGACCGGGACCCGGAGGAAUCUCCCUGACACCGGGAAGAGAUUCACAAACUGGUUUUGUGUGCUGGGAUCAGAGGGAUUCACAUCGGGGAGACCUUACUGGGAGGUGGAGGUGACGGGGAAUCGGGACUGGUGUCUGGGAGUCGCCGCAGAGUCUGUGGAGAGGAAGGGACCGGUCAGUCUGAGGCCGGAGACCGGAUUCUGGGUCAUCGGGCGGGUUGAUGACGUGUUACAUCGGGAUUGUGACGUGUUCUGUGUCCCCCCCUCCCCCGAGACCCGUCUCCCGAGCGGUCCCGUCCCCGGGAUGGUGGGAGUUUAUCUCAGUUACGAAUCCGGGACAGUUUCAUUUUCCAACGCGGAGACCAAGUCCCAUCUCCACACCUUCACUGGGAAUAAAUUCACGGGGAAACUUUAUCCAUUCUUCCGGACUGGGGAUGUAAACCAGUGGCUGAGAAUCUGCUCCGGUUCCGCUCCGGGUAUGUAAACGGGUCAGGUCACGGGAUCGGCGUCAGGAGUAAAGUCCCUGUAAAUAUAAAUAAUAUGCGGAGAGUGCAGCAAAAUACGUGGCUAAGGAGAUGGUGCAGGAGGGAGGGCUUCAUGUUUCUGGACAAUUGGGCUUUGUUCCCGGGAAGGUGGGGCCUGUUCCGACGGGUCGGUUUGCCCCUGAACUGGAGGGGGAAUAACAUUCUUGCGUGUAGAUUUGCCAGUGCUGCUCGGGGGGAGGGGGAGAGAUUUGUAGAGGGAGAGUUACCAGAGUGUUAGAGCAGAUAGUGAGGUGGAGGAGGAAAAAGGUCAUGCGAGGACUGCAUGUACGGACAGAAAUCAAAGGUUUUACAUUAGGUUGUAAAUUAAUUUUCAGAACUUAUUGUAGAAAACAAAGAUUUCCAGAAAUAUUUUGAUGAAGAACAUGACCAAAACAUAUGUGAAAAAGCGGCUACUUCAGUUUUAUACCUACCGCAAUAAUUGUCUAUGUUAGGAAAUAUUUUGGAUAGUCUGUCCUCUGUUAAAUAGUAACAGUGAACAAUUUUAAAUUGAAUUAAACACUCAUUGGCACAUAUUAAAGAAGAAUUGACCAUCAUUAACAAAGGUCAUAUUAAGUUCUCUCUCCCAAUGUUGUUUCAUUUUUAGCGA